GCAACUUGUUCGAUCCGUUGACCCACUUUUGCUGAGAGCGCGUCAAAACUCCUCUCUGUUGGACGACCUAAUCGCAAGUCCCCGUCUAUUGUUUGCUCGGGUACGUGCUGCUGGUUAUUCCGUUUUAUUCCUUCUUGUAUUAUUAGCGGCUUCCAAUACGUUUCACAACCAGUCUAUAUAAUCAACACACAUUGCCACCCGCCGCCAGCGCCUGUUUGAGUUUCAUGGUUCUCAUCGCCUAACUCCAACAUCUACGCCAACGGCAUGGCGCUGGUCAUCACAGAGGCGCAGGCCGAGCUCAUUAGCUCUCUGUCGCCCGACGAUAUCCCCCACAAGCUGCGAUGCGCCAACUGCAGCAAGCUUGCCGUCAACGCAUUCCGUUUGCCAUGCUGUGAACAAGCUAUCUGCGAAAAUUGCCACUCGAAUCUUCCAACGUCCUGCCCCGUCUGCGAGCACUCGCCACUCUCUGCCGACGACUGUACUCCUCACAAAUCUUUGCGCACGACAAUCAAAGUAUUCCUACGAACGGCCGAGAAGAAGCGAGAGGCGAACCGACCAAAAGAGGUUCAGCCAGCACCAGAACCUGCUUCGGAAGAAACACCACAAGUUGCCGCUCCGCCAGCCAACGAGGCUGGUACUGAUGAUGCACCUGUGCCACCAACAGAGGAGGAUGAAGCCAGCGAAUUACAGCAGCCUACCAACACGGAGGCUUCUCAAUCAGAAGUAGCGACCAACGAGCCGACACAGGACGCUGACACCACCGAUCCGUCGCAAAGCAUGCAACUCACUAAACCCGAGGGCGGCGAUGGCGAACAAACACAAGGCGACAAUGAAAACGGCAAGGAACAGAACAACGGUGAUGUCGAAGGCGAAGGCGAAGGCGAUGACGGCAAUAACGAGUCGCAAGAUGGCGCUUCGAACAACGGGUUUUCUGGCGGCGAUAUGAACCAGAUGCAGAUGAUGAUGGCCAUGCAGAACGGCAUGGGAGGAUCGUUUCCCAAUUUCCCCAUGAUGGGUAUGCCUGGAAUGGGCAUGGAUCCAAUGGCGAUGCAAAACAUGUUUAUCAAUGGCGGCUUCCCAGGCAUGGGCAUGAAUGGCAUGGGAGGGUUUGGAGGCUUUCAAGGAAAUGAUAACAACUGGAACGGUUCGCAGUCGUGGAACUUUGACCAGAAUAAUUUCAAUCAAGGCAUGGGAUCCAGUGAUUUUGGCGGCUUUAAUUCAGGCUUCAAUCAAAGUAACUACGGUCAGUUCAAUAACUACCGCGGCCGAGGCCGUGGUCGUGGUCGUGGCUACCACAACGGAUACGGAGGCCGUGGAGGCUACCAGAACAACUACUAUAACCAGCAAAACUACCAACAGCAGCAAAACCAGCAGCAGGGACAAGCUGGCGACAACAACCAAGACGACUCUAACGAACAUGCUAAUACUAGUGACACUGGUGUAAACGGAUCACGCGAGCAGGCGUCCGCACCCGUAAAUGCCCCAACCGGGCCCAAGGCUAUGCUCCAAGGGCUCCCUAACACAGGAGCGUACUCGUAUCGAACCAGGCCUCAGCAGCACCAGCAGCAGUCUAACAGCCGCACGCCUGACCAAGGAUCGCAAACUGGCGCCCAAAGCCAGGACGCAGGUAGCCGCCACGGUGAUGCCACUGAGACGAAUACCUCUCAGUACCGUAGCAAUGACUACGACGAUGCCCACAGCCGCGGUAGAGAUGACGACUACUCACGAGGCAACUCCCGCAGCCGUAGCCGCAGCCGCAGUCGCAGCCGCAGUCGCAGCCGCAGUCGCAGCAGAGAGCAUAAGAGCUCUCGCCGACACAGACGGCACCGUUCCACUUCGCGCGACGACCACCGGCGGCAUAGAAGCAGCCGCAAGCACCGCGACGAAGACGAGGGCGACGAAAAGACGGGCGAGAGUACCCGCGAUGCCUCGCCCAGUGGCGAGAAGAAGUCUAGCCGCCGAGACCGCGGUCGAGACCGAGACCACGACCGGAGGGACAAGCACCGCGACGAAGACCGCAAACGCUCCAGCCGAUCCCACCGUGACCGUGACCGCGACCGCGACCGAGAUAGAGACCACGAGUCGUCGUCUAAGCGGCGAGAUCGGGACCGCGAUAGAGACCGCGACCGCCAUCGGGACCGUGACAGAGACAGGGAUCGCAAAGACCGUCACCGCGACAGAGACAGAGACCGGGAUCGUGACCGUGAUAGGGACCGCCCGCACCGGGACAGCAAAAAGGACUCUAGUGUCCCCGAUGACACUACCACCAACAACGAUAAGGACACGCCCAAGGACCCUCACACGCUCGAGCGCGAGGCCCGCAACCGCGAACGCAUCCUCAAAGAAGCCCAGCGCAUGGCUGGUCUCGCAAGCGUAGCAGGCGUCAAGCGCGGCCGCGAGGAUACCGGGAGCGACGAGCGGCGCCGCAAGAGUCGGCGCAGCGAGGAUGAUGACGGAGGCGGUGACCAAGACCACGAUGCGCGGGGCUAGAGGCGCCGACACCUUGCGUUUACGGUGCGCAGGAAGAAGAAGAGGGGACGGCGGGGGGUGUAAAAGCAUGGACGGCGUAUCAAAUCAUUUUUAUCAUCCGCAAAAGAAGGAUGUAGCAUUACCAUCAUCAUAAUCAAAAAAGACAUGUACAUGUCACAUUUAACACUGUGAGGACGUUUUCGUUGUGCAUGUAUGAGAAGAGCGUUUUAUAUAUAAAACAAAGGCUGCAUCAAGCAAUGGUUUGGCUAAAACAAUUGCUCUAUAUCGUCGGGUGUAAGUAUCCCCCAUGCGUAAAAGCAAAAAACAAAAAAACAAAAAAAAAAAAGUAUAAAAAUUCCCUUCCUUUUUCUUCAAAGUAGAGUCUUUCUUCUGAGUAAUGCAAUUCGACACAUCACGUCUGCUGACCACGUAAUGUCCAAGGGUCGUCGACGAUGAUCUCUUCUCUUUUUUGGUCUUCUUUUAGUAUAUACCUUGCGUGCGGUACUGGAAUGUAUCAUAACUGCAGUGGUUGUUAAUAACCUAAAAAGGAAGAGCGGAAGAGAAGUGGAAGAGGGAAAAGGAAGAGAGGUGUAAGAAGGUUACGUACAGUCGUGUGUAGUAACUGCCAAAGGACUUGGCAAUCAGAUCGUUCUCAACAAACGCCUCGGCCUCGUCGGCACUCAGGUGCAGCUGGAACCGCUGGCGGAGGGCGCUCGUGGCCUGUGCCACGCCCGAGUUGUAGCAGGGCAUCUUGGACUCGCGGCCCAUCAUGGCCACCAGAUCGAUGAUGUUGUCUGCUGAGCGGCGGAGAGCUAGAGAGUUGUGUGUUAGUAGAGUACACUAGAUAAGAGGAUAGUAGAAGAACGUACCUUGGAAAGCCUGCUUGCAGAGCUUCUUGUAGUCUUCGUAGUCUUGCGAGCCGACGCCGCCAAGCACGUCGACGUACUCGUGAGUGAGCUUGAACGGGGCGGCUUCGAAGCCAACAGAGCCGGGAGAGUUGGACAGCAUAAAGCCAAAGUCAAUGUGGAUGAUGUGGCCUUCGCUGUCGAUGAGGACGUUGCCGUUGUGGCGAUCCUUGAGCUGCAGAACAUACGAGAUCAUGCUGUAUGCAGCUAGGGAUCGCUUAAAGGCGUCCACACCAGCUCGGUAGGGCGGGCUAUCUGCAGCGCCAAAGGCCUUGGCAAAGUGAUCCUUGAGCGUAGCAAUACGACCUCGAGGGUUCUGUCCUGACUCAAUAGACGCAAGUGUCAGACUGCGCUUAAGUGAGUGCAGAGAUACACCAUUUGUGAUGGUCUCAAUCAGGCCAGACGACUCGCCCGUCACCAGAAUGCGCAUCAGCUUCACCCAAACAUUAAUACCUGCGUCGACCCAAAUCUUAUGGCAUACACUAAUCAACUGGCAAGCAAAGGCUUCUUGGCGCAAAUCGGCACCAGUCUUGACAAUAACACUGACAAGAUCCCAGUUCUUCAUCCAGCCGUACGGCGACGACUUACGGACACGCUCCUUCUUAGCCUCCCAGGCUUCACCAAAGACAGCGGCGCUAGGGUCAUCUCGGUCACCACGGCGCUGCACACCACCAGUCUUGAAGUCGUUUUCCAUUCUUUCGCGGCCGGCGCUGGCAUUGAUGUUAGGGUCAAUCGCUGCACCCUCUUCCAAGUCUGGGUUGUUUGGGCCUGGGCUGGCCGCGGUGCUAGCCUUGGCCAUGAUCGUGUCAAAUGUUGGCUCCUCCAUGUCGAAGCUCUGCUCUUCAAGGCUCUGCAUGCUGGCGAUAAUCUUGGCUCGGAUAGCUGCCACCUCUUGGCGGGGUCGCUUGCCGCUUGUGGCAUCGAGCUGCGCCAGCAUAGACGAGGCCGUUCUCAUAUGCGUAGCCAAUGCUUGGAAGUCGGGGUCAGCCGUCGCAUUGCGCUGUGGUUGCAGGGCGUUGUUCGUCCUCGGGCUAUUGGGUAUCGAUUGGGAGGCUUCUGAUGUUCGAGGUGUCACGCCAUCCAGUGUAGUUGACGAUGUUGUAGCUCCGCUGGACUGACGUUGCGAUGCAUACUGAUGAAGCUGUUUCGACGUCGGUCGAGACUGCGGUUCAUCAUCGAAUGAUUUAAUUAAUGGCGAACUUCCCAAGUCUCCAGACGUCGGCUCAAAAACGCUAUCCACGGCUGGUUCCUGCGUUGGUGUUGCAGUUGCAGUCCUGGGGGUAUCGGCGGAUGAGAGUUCAAAGAGUCUACGGUUGGAGCCUGAGCUUCCUCCAGUCAAAGUUGCGAGCAGCCGUUGGUUGUCCGCGCUAGUGGGGUCAAAAGUAAAGUCGUCACGAAGCACCUCCACCAUCAUGAGAUAUGGCACCUUUUCGGCACUAUUUAGAACUGUCGAUUCGGCGGGGUUCAAUCGCACAAUACGGUGAUGGCGGCUCUUGCUGGGCACACCGUCGGUCAGUGUAGGCGGGCAAAUUACAGGUAUAUCGACUUCAGCUGGCAAAUCCCUGGAAAUAAGAGCAAGCUCUGCACGUAGGGCGCUCAUGCGGGCCUGUUUGGGAACAAUGACGAGCCUGUUAGAGAUGCCCUCCAGCGCGGUCAAGAAUUGCGUCUGAGAUCGGAAAUAAUGUUGGCGAAGGAGGCGUGUCUUUUGGGUCGGUGUCAUAUCAGCAACAGCCUUGGUGCCUUUGGCAUGAUGUGAGUGUCGUCUAUAAAUACUAUCGCUGCGGUUACGGUUCGAGUUCGAGUCGCUAGAGACGUCAGAUGCCGAUUUUGUUGCUGGAAGUUUCGUCGAGGGCAAUGGUAGCGACGACGAGCUCAGCCUAGCCUCAAUGGACUUGAGCUCAAGCUCAGUCGGUCUCCUUGUGUCUGUAGGCAAUGGCUUGGGCUUCGCCAUGGAGGCUGCCGGCGGCGGCGUAACAGCGCUGGUAUCUCUAAUUGCAGAAACCUGUUCCUUUUCUGGCGCGCUCGAUACUCUCUUCUCUUUAGAGAGCUUGGUCGGGGCGCUGGGAAGCACAAUGGGCGGAGGCCUCGCCGACUUGGGGACGUCGUUUCUUUCAUGGGCCAUUUCCGCAAUCAUCUGUGGUUUGCGAGCCUGGGCAACAGCCAGAGGGCCAGCCCAUUUCGGAAGCAUAGGCAGGGCUAUGCUAGCCAAGACAAAGCUCGACAAGACAGUAACUGGGAGGACAUUCUGCCGGAUCUUCUCAUGUCGACCACCCUCGGAGAGAUGAAAUACUAUAUGUUGGACCUUGUUGUACACUCGUCGGCAGACUUGGAAGGCGGCUGAUUGCGGAUUCGAAGACAGAUCGUGGAGGUAUGUUUGAAACAGCCAAAAGGUCUAUUGUCAGGGGUGAAGAGAGACGAAACGAUUAGCCAAACGCGAUGACAAAUAAGCAAAAGGGCCAUAUCGAGUAUGUGUCCUUACCAGUAAAGCAGCAGUGACGGAUUCCUCGCACAAGUCAAGCAGGAACUCUUCAAGAGCCAUGGACUCAUUGUUGAUGCUAACAAUGAGAUGGCAGAGCUGCGGCAGGAAGAAUUCUAUAUCUUCAUAGGGAAACUGCCGCAGCUUGUUGCAGAGGACAUAAUGGAUACCGAUAUGGUCUGCAUAUCGUCUACGCAGAGUCAGCAAAUACACACUUUACCAGACCUUGACCGCGACGGGGGUGCAUGCGGCAGCAUCGAGACUAAGCGAUCCGAGGAGACGGGGGUGGGCAACCCUGAACACUUACUCUAAGUAGGAGACGGAGAGGAAGGGGUUUGAAUUGAAGACGUCGGAUUCAAUGAACCGUUGGAGCAGAUCCCACGACAUUUGUGGCGAUGCUUGCCGGAAGCCGGACUAUCGAAUUGCGAGGGGAGGGUCUUGGUGAUGUCUCCGUGACGGGCGGGGGGAGGGAAAGGAGAGCGGCUAGAUCAAGGUGCUAUGGGCUGGUGCAUGGCGGGGAUGGGCGGUGACGUUGUAAGCUGCGAAUGGGCGAACGGGGGAGCAGCAGCAGGUACGGACAGCGGCUGGCGAUGGCGUUGAAAGGAGCCGGGUUGUAGCGGUCGAACGCGGUGCGUGAUCGGAGUCGUGAUGGACGUUGGUUGUUUGCUGGCCAGUGGUGGUCAAGCUGGCGAUGUUGUUG